AUGAAUCAAGAGACGGGUGGGAACGCGAUAGUGGUCACGGUAGCAGAUGCAAUAAUGCAAAUCGUCAUGCCAUGUCCCCUCAUACCGGAUGACUACGCUCGCUUGUACCGUAUCUGGCUUGUGCAAGCCAAAGAUGACCCAUGGUACGAUAAGAUGCAACAAGGCCAAGCCCCCGAAUGGUUCCUGCGCCGCAAGGCUAUCCUCUUCACUGACGUGGAGGCGAAGGAUGUGGUGGUUUCGACGGGCCCGGCGAGGAAUGGAGUGCCGGGGUGGCGGUUUCGGGAGGGUGUCAAGGUGCAUGGACCUUCAGACGAAUUCCAGCAUGGGUCUGAGGAUCUUAGCAAAGAGAGAGAGGAGAAAUCGGUGCAGGCAGACGCGGAUGUGGAAGGGAUUGCUGAGGGGCUGUCCUUGUCGUCGCUGGAGUGA